CCAAUUAAAAUAAUUAAUAAAUUAUUAAUAAAUUAUUAAUAUAAAUAAUUAAUUUUAUUGAUAAGGGUAAUUGAUUUUAUGUGGGAUUGAGAGGUUUUGGAUUGAGAUUUGUUGUUAGUACUUGUUGGGUGGACGUAGAGUUGCAUUGUGAGAGAAAUUACAGAAUCGAUUUUCCGUAAAUUUCAAAAGCUUAAAAUUUUCCCAUUUCCAAACUCAAACUUUUUAAACACUUCACAUCAAACUAUUUUACCUUUCAUGCAACUAUCGCAUAAUCUUUACUAUCCUAACCAUCCUUAUUAACCUUUUUAUUGACUUGUUUAUCAACCAAGUAAUCUGAGUAAUCUGAGUAAUCAACUGACUAAUCAGCGACUCACAAAUUAAUCAAAUAACAAAUUAAUCAGCUGAAAAUAAUUUUGAUAAUAUUUUUUCAAUUUUUAAAAUUUAUCAAAUCAUUCAAUCCAUUCAAUCAAUUCAAUCAAUUUAAUCAAUUUAAUAAUUUGAGUGUUAAAUUGUUGGCAAGUUGUGAAAGAUUGGUAGAGGAAAAUUAGGCUUGGACAGGUUCAAUUUUUCGGUUUUCAAGAUGAAUAACGAUCGUGAUCAACAUACGAGUCCCCCGGUGAUGUGUAAGAACAAUUGCGGAUUUUGCGGUAGUCCUGCGAAUGAAAACUACUGCUCCAAAUGCUAUCGCGAACACCUCAAACGCAAAUCGCUACUCAUCAACACGAACACUUCUAAUUCUAAUACUAAUACCAAUACUAACACUGACACUACGGAUACUGUGGACACCGUUGACACUGUGGACAAAGUGGUAAAUGGUACAGAUAAUGUUGAAUUUGAGACUACUGUGGAAACUGCAACACCGGAAACUAAUAAAUUAGAGAAUAAACUGGAGAACAAAGAGGAGGAGGAGAACAAGGAGGAGGAGAGUUACAGUUGUAGUGUGUGUGGGAAGAUGGUUGGUUUAUUGGGAUUUUCGUGUCGUUGUGGUAAUGUGUUUUGUAGCCUACACCGCCAGGCCAAUGUCCACAACUGCCAAUUUGAUUAUAAAAGUUAUAAUCGAUUACAACUACAACGCAAAUCCGUCAAAGUCGUUGCUGACAAAUUAGAACGCAUUUAACCCUUUAAUAUUCUCACCUUAUUUA